CUUUGGACAACUCUCCCCCUCCUUCCUCUUGUUGCCGGCGAUAGCGGUGACGACCGGAAGCGAGAAGAAAAUCCAGAAAGGGAAUGUCUUUCCAACUGUCAGAAGAAGCAGCAAAAUCUGCGGUGCUAAACCUUGGGGGGCAGAGUCCGAUCUGGACCACCAUCGAAAACGGAGACAUCCGCACCUGCGUUGAGAUCACCACGCCCUUAGGAAUCAAGCAGCAAGUCACCGCAACUUUCUACAAGAAAAACAGCAAACUACUCCUGCAGGGGAAGGGAGCGCUAGCGGCCACCGCCAGGGUGCAACUAGAACUACAAGGAAGUGGCUCGAGCUCCUCAACAUCACCGCGUAUUAUCUCCUCUUCAUCUUCUGCUACUUCUUGUGCAUCAACAUCAACAUCAACACCACCCUCUUGUUCAACAUCCUCUACAACUGCUACCUCUACAAAAGCAUCGCCGCCACCCCCCACCAGCAACAUCGUGGGAAAGUCACGUUUCGAGAAUAGAAACAGCAGAAGCCGAAGUAGAGAUAGAAACACUGCGGCUAAGCUCACCACUAAGCCGACGUACGAGGAGCUGUUAGCUUUUGCGCAAGACCACCAGCAGACCUACUCCCAGUGGUUAUUUGUCAGAAGUCAUCACCAAAAAGAAUACGAACAGUGGCGGCAUAGAAACAAGUGAGCAUGCCGGUAACAACAAGAAGUGGCCGCGGAGGAGCGCGGAGCAACAACAACAAAAUCAACAAGGAAACUACAAGCAGCAAUGGCAGUAGUAGCAGCGCCAACAACAAAGGCAAGAAGGAAGAUCUAUUGAUGGCGGACUCCUCCUAUAAAGUAAAAUACUACAAUAUAGCGAGGGGCUACGGAAAAGCAGAAGGCGCAGAUGGGCAGGAGGUUUUCUUCCAUCAUAAACAGCGGAAAGCAGGAUCUGGAUAUCCAAGAGAGGGGCAAGAAAUACAAGCAGAGGCCCUCGAAGACGAAGGCCGAGGACCAUAUCUAGUGGAGUGGGAAGGUGGAGAUCUAACAGAGGUAGAAGUAGUGAGAAUCCGAGCACAAGCGGCCCACAAGAAGAAGAUCACGGAGCUAACAAGCAGACUGGAAGUGGUGGAGAAGGGUGGCUGUGGUAGUGAUAAACUGCUAGAACUGGAGAAGAAAAUUGAGGAACUACAACUACAGGGCAAACAGCUUCUGGACAAGACGGCUGCCACAGAGAAAAAGCAGGAGGAGACGGCGCAAGACCUGCAAGUUCUGAAGACAACGGUGGACUCACACGACGAGCUGAUCCACCAACUAGCUGGUAGCGCAGCCAAGUGCAGUGAAAUAUUGGCCCAGAAUCAGCAAGUGUUGGCUGAAGUCAAGAAAACCAACGAAAAGGUCGACAAACUGAGCCGCCAGGUGGAGGAAGGAAAAACAAGCAGCGACAGCACCAGCAGAGGCAGAAGCGACUCCACAGCCGAAAAGGACCGACCACCAGCACCCACGCCACCCAGUCGGAAGAAGUCGCGUGAGCGAAGCAGAAGUAGAAGUGCCAGCAAGAAACGAAGGGAGAAGCACCUACGGCGGAUGAGCUCAACGAUAGGCGCAACAAAAGCAGGCGGCAGUGGUAGUGGCAACCAACAAGGAGCAACCUCGAACACAGGGGCGAGCUUCUUGGGCGGUAGCUAA